AUGAUACAGAAUUCUGACAGCGAUUCAGACGAUGAUUCUGACGGCGAUUCAAACGAUGAUUCUGUUUUUCCUUAUCUUGCAAACGGUUAUGCAAAUCCCGUAGAAAUUGGAGUAUCUUCGAUCGAUACAAAAAGCAACGAAGAAGAUGAUGAUGAGAAGAUGAGAGAGGUUACUGAUUCGGCGAUACAGAGAGCGUUUAGAGAAGAUGAGAGUCGUCGGAAUGCUCCGUUGACGGCCGAGACGGCGAUGAGAGUGAUGGAGGGUUGGGUGCUUAGACCGUGUUAUGUAUUCCGGUUCGAUGAGUUAUACUGA